AUGGCACAGGCCAUUCCGUUAUCGCCUUCUCCAGUUCCUACCCGAAUACCAUCAAGCUCCCCUCGUCCGACCACGAUUACUUCCACUCGAAGACGCUCAUCAAUAUCAUCGUCAAUUUCCCCUCCACCAAAAUCAACGAACCGCACGAUGAAUGGACACGCCGGCAUCAGCUCACCGAAAGGUAAAAAUUCUAUAGAUAGUAUACCUAAUGGUAAAACACCAAAUAAUGAUGAAUCUGAUGAUGGAAUUAGAAUAAGGAAAAAUUCACCUAGAUCAGCUAGACCUUCAUCUAUAUCGAUAUCAAACAACUUAUCAACAUUACCUACUAUACCUGAUCCUGAUUUUGAUUCAGCAAUAGAUGAUUCACAACAUCAACAACAACAUCAUGGUCCUCCACCACCCGCAUCAUCGACUCAAACGGGAACAGGAGAAAGACCAAUACAUGCAACGAGAAAAAGAAGAUCAAGUAGCAUAAAACGAAAACCAAGUCCAGGUGUGACUCCUACCAAAGCUGUUGACUGGGAGAUUCCAAGAAAAACCUUACAUUCAAGUAUUGGAUUCUUAACGCUCUUCCUGAAUUACAUGAACCCUCCCUCCCUCAAACCACUGAUUCAAACGCUGUCAGCAUUGUUGAUCACAAUAUUAACGACGGACUUCUUCCGAUUGCAAUUUCCAGCUUUUGCAGAAGUAUGGGAGACGUAUCUAGGUUUCUUGAUGCGAGAAAGUGAAAGACAAAAGAUCAAUGGAGUAGUAUGGUAUUUGAUAGGAGUGAUUACCGUACUUGGGUUAUAUCCGAGAGACGUAGCUGUUGUCGCCAUUUUGACUCUCUCAUGGUCAGAUACUACAGCUUCUACUAUUGGUAGAUUAUGGGGUAGAUAUACCAAACCACUUCCUUCUCAUGUACCAGGAAUCAAAUCUCUUAAAUUCGCACCUAGGAAAUCAUUAGCUGGAUUCUUAGCGGCUGCAAUAACAGGUUUCUUGAUUGGCAUUUCAUUCUGGUGGGGAGGUAGUGGAGGUAGAUGGAUCGUAUUGGAUGUAGAAGACCGGGGUCAUGGUUACUGGGGUUUAUGGAUCACUGCUGGUGUAGUAGGUUUAGGUGGGGCAGUCGUGGAAGCACUCGACCUCGGUGUGGAUGAUAAUCUCACCUUACCGAUCUUGUCAGGUGCCAUAGUAUGGGCUUGGUUGGCAAUCACCAAUUUGAUCUUACAGUGA